AAUCCAAGUGGAAUGAUCUCAUGAACGCCUCAUUAUAAUUAGUUUCCUAACCUCAAAAAUGGUGCACAUAAAAUGCAGGACCGGCCUUUACCCGUUUAGCGAAAUCCGCCGUUUGGUCCUCACCGAUGCCCAAGUACCCUGGGCCGUACCGGUCGAAAAUUAUACGCCCCCCAACUAUGACGCCCCUGUCUUGCGCAACAAACCAUGGGCGGACCCCCCUUGUGACGACCCAAAUUUCCACCCAAAAUGGAACAACCUUGACGGUACAAUCAACCGUAAGAGCCACACCGGCCCUUAUAAAAUUGUUGAUGGGCGCCCACUUAAUCCCGAGGGCAGGACCGGCCUGGCCGGACGGGGGGUUUUGGGCAAAUGGGGCCCCAACCAUGCCGCUGAUCCUAUUGUCACACGGUGGAAGUCACCGAAAGAAUUGCAUCGAGAGACAAAAUUGCCCAUUUUGCAGUUCUGCGCUAUCCAGAGACGGGAUUGCGGCCAAUGGGCCAUUCCUGGAGGAAUGGUCGAUCCAGGUGAGAAAAUCAGCGAGACUUUAAAACGGGAAUUUCUGGAAGAAGCGUUCAACAGUUUGGAAAAUACAGACAAGAUGAGUGAGGAAUUGAUUGAGGGGUUUUUCUCAAAGGGUGAGGAGAUUUUUAAGGGCUAUGUGGACGACCCUAGAAACACUGAUAAUGCAUGGAUGGAGACCGUAGCUGUGAAUUUCCACGAUGAUAAUAACGAAACUGUCGGGAAAUUUAAACUACAGGCGGGGGAUGAUGCUAAAAACGUCAAGUGGGUUGAUAUUGACUCAAAAUUGGAUUUGUACGCAAGUCAUUCUAAUUUCAUCCAAGCUGUGGCAAAACUGAGACAGGCACAUUGGUAAAAACAUAAGUUAUUAUAAAUAAUCUAUUUUAUACAGAAUUUCAUAAUUAUGUUACGCCACUCCUGGAGAUAAUUAACUCUCUCGAGCGCUCUGUUUUGUACUAUGAUAUGCACAACACAAAAUAAUUCUUUUUUUUUUCUUUCAAUAAAUAUUUAUGUAAU